AACACUCGGAGCAAGAAUAAAAUGGCAACUAUGGAGAUUGGUAUUAUUGCUAAAGAAAGCAUUAAACCUUCUUCUCCAACUCCCAUCCAAUUGAAAACCUUCAAUCUUUCCCUCUUGGACCAACUGGCUCCUGCUACUUACAUUCCGUUGCUGCUCUUCUAUACCACAAGUGAUCAUACUGCUGCAGCUGGAAGAAGCUUGCAGCUAAAGAAAUCGCUAUCUGAAACUCUAACUCGCUUCUAUCCAUUUGCUGGAAGAAUCAAAGACAAUUCCUCCAUUGACUGCAAUGAUGAUGGGGCAAGCUUCACUGAAGCUCAAGUCAGCUGCCUUCUUUCUGACAUUCUCAAAGCACCAGACCACGAGGUACUAAAACAGUUGCUACCUAUCAAUUGUGAAGCCUUUCUAGAAGGCAGGGGAUGUGUGCUGCAUGUUCAAGCCAACUACUUUAAGUGCGGUGGAAUCGGCCUUGGCAUAUGUCUUUCUCACAAGAUAGCUGAUGCAGCCACAUUGAGCACAUUCAUCAGAAGUUGGGCCAAUACUGCUUCUGGGAUUGGCCAGAAAGUGUGUCCUAUUUUUAACACCGUGUCAAUAACCCCACCAAGAGAUAUCUCGAUGACUCCACCAGCUCUUGAGAAUCUUAAGAUCAGAGAUGACAAGUCCGUAACAAAGAGGUUUGUAUUCAAUGGCUCAAAGAUUGCUGCUCUUAAGACCAAAGCACCUUCUAUGAGUGUCAAACAAGCUACAAAGGUGGAGACGGUAGCAGCACUCAUCUGGAAAUGUGCAAUGAAGGCUUCAAGGACAAAUUUCGGAUCCUCAUCCAGGCCAUCGGCACUGUACCAAAAUGUGAACAUUCGAAACAGAACAGUCCCUCCCCUACCAAAUGACUCUGUUGGGAACUUUAUUGGGUCCUUUAUUGCGAGGGCAGAGGACGCUGAGGCAGAGUUACAUGGCUUGGUUGCUGAAUUAAGGAAAGGCAUUGAAGAAUUUUGCAAGCAAGCAAAAAGACUACCACUGAGUGAGGAUAUUUCGGUGAUAUGUGAGCCUCAGAUGGAGGCUUUAAGAAUGCUAACUAGUGAUGACAUGGACUUGUAUGCGUGCACAAGUUGGUGUAGGUUUCCACUAUACGAGGCUGCAGAUUUUGGGUGGGGAAAACCAAUUUGGGUGAGCUCAGGUAUUCCACCUGCCAAGAAUAUGGUAUUUCUGAUGGAUGCAAAAGGCGGUGAUGGAAUAGAGUCCUGGGUAAGACUGAGCCAAGAAGACAUGAAACUAUUCGAGUGUGAUCAAGAGCUGCUGGCGUAUGCAUCUUUGAAUCCAAGCAUCUCAUCUUAUUAAGCCACAGAUAUUUAUGCAACAUUUUAUACAUCUAAAUUAUUUAAAUACAGCAAGAGUA